AGGUAUGUCAGAUGGCUUCUUAGUGUGUGCGUUGAUUUCCCUGGAAAGUAUGUGUUGAGUGUGUGCCUGCAAAAAAUGCUCGAAAUUGCUGAUAAAAAUGCUAUCAAUGUGAAUAUCUGCCGCUAAAGUAGUAAUUGGAAGUUCACUGACACAAUUGGGUACUAAAAAGAAGCAUCAAUCUCCCGGUGUGACAGGUGCAUCGAUUGAACUUUUUCGGAAUGAUCCAUCUCAGCGUGUGAAAGGAUUAGCCACAAACUUCCAAUCUCGCGCGUGUCGUGAAUUCUUCUGCGGUGUGAGUCUCUAAAUAACCAUCAGCCGAAGCACUUGGGGAGGCGUGAGGAAAGCAGUGACAUUAUAAGAAAACGGAACACAGGGAGAGCUCAGUAACUGCGUAAUUUUGGCUGAGCGUGAUUGUCGAGCUUAGACUCUCCCUCGCGCGAGUGGGAAGAAGUGUGAGUGCGGGUAAUUGUCUUGAAAAGGUGGCUCGGCUGGGCAGAAUAGAGUGACUUCUUUUCAAUAUUGAACUGAAGGCGCCACCGUUCACAUGCUAAAUUAUCGUUUGGUGUCGACACAUUUCCUCAAACAGCCGUAGUUUGUGUGAAAAGACUUUACGGAAAAAUGUGCAGAGAUCGCGAUAUGUUGUAAGGAUAUUUCUCGCCCGAAACUGCCGUUUGAAUUGACAAAGACUUUUGAAUUUGUGAACAUUUUUUCCUUCGAUAAAUCUGGUGAAACAGCACAAGGGUCACAGCACAAUUUCUGACCAAUUGGACCACAAAUCCGGAGAUCCACUUUGCUGCACAGCUGAAGAGCAAUUGUCUCAUAGGAAAUCAUCAUCUUCUUGCAGUUGCAGUGAAAUUGUCCAAAAUCGAAUUGUUUGCGAAAAACAUUUGGGAGUCAGUCAAGGCCUGCAUUUGCGGCAUGCGCCGUCCGUCUCUGGAUCAUCACGAUGGCGACCUAAGUCGUCUGACAUCAGCAUCCUCACCGGCGGAGGGCAGCAUAGCACCGUGUCAGGCUGACGAGGUGAAGGUGGACAUUGCGCCCUCGUAUCUGCCCAAGAUCAUCGAACCGCUGGACUGGCACAAUACACGCAAACGCAAGGAAAGGCAGGACAGCACGUCUUCGCAGACGCAAGAUCGGAAAUUGGUGCGGUCCAACAGUGAGGAGCAUAUCAGCGUACCGGAUGUGGAUGUGAUUAGGAGAGUGUCGUCGCAUGAGGAUUUUAAGAAACCACUGCCACCUCACAUCGUCACUCUUGAGUCGCAUCAUGGCGGCGAGCGCGAUCCGGGAGUGGAGCCGGCCAGGAUGUCGCCAAGUCACGAGGCGGAUCGGUCGGAUGGCGAGCAUGAGAGGAGGAGAAGUAGUGAAAGAUUCUCGCGCACACGAGCGCCUCCGGGGAGGAAGGCUCUGUCGCCGAGAAAGCCAGCCAAGCACGUUGUGGCCAAAAUGAGGGAUCGCGAUGAGAACCUGUACAAGUAUGACAAUUCCGCGUUGAAGCAUGAGCGCAGAGGUUUCGUGAGUCGCGAGAGAAGCAAACCGAAGGAGCCAGAAUCAUCGUCAUCUGACUUGCUCUCGCCAGUGUCCGAUUUUAAUGACAACAAUCUCAUCGAUCUGAAUCAGGAGACGGAAUCCACGGUGCCCCAGGAGAUCCUGCCAUGGAAUGUGCCAUUCCACGAGGACACGCCAGUUGUUUGUCCGCGCUUCGCUGACAACACCUUCGAUCAUGUUCACGCCAGCGAAACUCUUGCCAAAGCCCGCCGUGAGAGUCAAUCUUUGAUUGAGAUGAAGACGGACAAGUUCACGAGCAUCGAAAAUCUGAAGACGCGCGACAUCAUGAAGAAGAUGCCAAAUGUCGCCAUCACUCCGGAUGAGCGUGUGAAGCAGAUAAACAGCCGGCUGUCCAAGCUGAAGAAGCGCGUGGCGCAGUUCGAGGAGAACUUCGAGAAGGACUAUGGCUACAAACCGCCACGCAUUGAGACGAUGAACGACAAAGCAAUGAAGAGCAUAGUAUCGGAGAUUCAGAAGCUGAAGCGCGAAAAGCACUGCAUCAAGAGCGAUCCAGUGAUGGAAGCGAGAGACAGUGCGGCGUCAGAGCAGCACGGGGAGAUGAAGCUGAGUCAGAUGCAGGAGACGCUGACUGACAUCGAGAUGGUUCUUCAAGAGCGACGCAAGGAUGAAAAUCGUCCGGCUGCUGUUGAGGAGUUGUCAGUGGAGCAGCUAAUGCAGGAAAAGACGUCCAUUCAGCGCGGUUUGCUCUACUUGGAGUCCAUCUUCGGGCGUCCCAGUUCGCGUGAGGAGAGAGACUUGGCGCGUCCCUUGUAUGACAGAUAUCGGCAGGUGAAGCGGAUGCUGAACAGGAGUUCCGUUCUGAAUGGAUCUGGAGUGGGUGUGGCUGAAUUGCCCACGAUUCUCGAACACGAGGCCAUGGCGUUCACUGUGACUGCAACUCCCUCGACUGAUGUAACGCCGCCAUCAGUUCCGUCGGCGGUGGAAUCGCCAUCGGAGACGACUGUGUCCUCCAGCAAGUCCACGGACUCCACAGAGGACUCGAGUGUGAAUGAAAACGUGCACACGCUAUCGAUUCGGGAGUUGUGGCAGCAAUUGGAUGCGGUGCGAGACGAGAAGAGAGACCUGAGGCGCACCAUAAAGGAGUUCGAGCAUUCAUUCGAGAAGGAGAACGGCCGCAAAAUGCUGAAGAGUGACCGGAAGGCCAUCGAGGAGACUUACGCGUUGUACAAGCAGAAGAAGGGGAAAUUAAGGCUACUGGACGCCCUUGUGAAGAAGCACAUGUCGUACUAGAGCAACGAAUCCCUAACAAAACAGUGGUGAGCAGAAAAAAAGCAUCAAAUCUGUGUAGAAGAUGGGAAAUAAUUUAGUGAUUAAGUAAUAUUUGGAGAUGAAUUGAGGAAUGUCAUCCAAUUUGUACGACUUUAUUUGUAAUAUUUUGUAACAAUGUUGAUUCAAAGUUUAGCACUAAAUUUAACAGAGAUUAAUCGGUAAAUUUAGUGAUGACAAAAGGAAUCCUUGCAAAAUGAAGACUAAUUGAAAUCAUUGCCAUAUACAUAAAGUGACAUUUUGCAGUGUGUUACCUUUCUUCUGCUCGCCACUGUUGAAUGAUGAUAUUGAGAACAUGUGGAUGGGGAAAAUAUGAUAUUGCUGCAUCUCAAAUAAUUGUGCUUUGAGGAGAACAAGAUUACAGUGAUGAGGAGAAUUCUCUAUUUAGAAAGGAUUUAACACAUAAUCGUAGUGCAGGAUUUUGGCGUUGGUUCUAGAAUGGCAAUUUCUUUGCGAGAGACGUGCGCUCUACACACAUUUUACGAUUACAUUUAAUAAUGUACAAAUUAAGGCAAGGAAUCACAAGAUUUAGAGAAACAGUCAUCUUUGAUUUGAUGCAGGAUUUCUUAGGAGAAACUUUCACUCAUUCUCGAUGAGAAAUAUCGUUUUUUCGAUUUGUAUUUUAAGCAAAAAAAAAGAAGAAAAGAAAUAAGAAGAAACAAAUCACAAGGAAAACAGAUAUUGAAGAUGAAAUAUAUGAAUUAUAAAGAAGCAUACUAAAAAGAGAAAACAUAUAUGUAAUGAUAGAAAUCUGUGAUAAUUUAUUUUUUUCGGAUUUGUAGUUUUCACGGAAAAACUGUUUCAUAAUUUUUAUUUUAUAAUAACUUUUCUUUCUUUACUCUAACUUUUUUCCCAAUUUGUUGGCAAACUAACUUGUAAAGAAGUUAAUAUUGAAGAUGGAGUUGAAAAAGAGCAAAGUUGCAUAUUAUAUUGUCUUUAUUUAUAAUCAUAAUAUUUCUCAUGUACCUUAAUAAAUUAUUAGAUUGUAUCUUUACUAGCUUUUAUUACAUAUUUUUUCCAUAUAAGAAACAAAAAAAUAAGUAAACAUCUAAUUUGAUAUGGAGAUCAAAUGAUAAAAUUGAAGAUGGAAAAAGUGUAAGAUUUCACAGAAUUGAUAUUGACUUGAUGAAAUGUAACAAAAUAAGGACUGUCUUCUGCAUGGAUAUCAAGAAAGGGGAGAAGAGAUGUAGAAGUAUAUUUUUGAAUUAUUCACCAUGUGAGCAUUGUGAGGAGAAAUCACACGAUAUUUAGAGAUUUAUGUAGCGUACUUUUGCCCUUCCCUUUACUUUCUCGCCUCUUCGCAGAAAUUCACACCAACCAACCCAGUGAUUAACAAUGCAUUGAUCCAAUUUCAAUAUUAUUAUACAAAUUAAUACUGGCGAAGAUGACUGGGAAAGAUUAUAAUUUUCUGUAAUGAGGACUUAUUAUUGACAUAUAUAUUAUAUACAUGUAUUUUAUGAUUAAAAUUCAAACAUAAAAGGUUUUCAGAGAAUAUUGAAAAUGAA